AUGCCAUCAAACCUUGCCGGCGGGGCACUUUAUACUCCCGCCAACUGGCAAACUUCUGCAUAUCCAUUUUCAACGGCUGCCUCCACUACCAAAUCUUCGGGUUCGGAAAUCGUCUCAUCAGAUGAGUCUAGCGUGAACCUACUUCCUUGGAGUUGUGCCGGGUCUAGUGAAGAAGCUUCUGGGUCACCAAGGGUUCGAGUUGUCGCAUUGACCCUCGCUCGCGACGGUGGUCUUCUAGAUAUGGAUGAUGUGGUAGCUGAUGUGCUCGACGAUAAAGAGUUGGUGAGGUUUCUUACUCGGUGCUCCUAG